AUGGUGGGGCCAGCGCAGGUGUCGGCGGUGAUGGAGCACUGCCACGCGGGGUGCAACCGGGUGGUUGGUUGCGUGGACUGGGGCGAGAACGGGUUGAUUGCGUACGGAAGCGAGAGCAACGUGCAUCUUUACGACCCGCAGGACUGCCGCGUCGUGAGGUCGCUGCCGGGCCACGCGGCCGCGAUCACCUGCGUCAAGUGGAUCGCUUCAGCGGCGUGGCAGGGCCUCAACGACUCCAGCGCGGCGAUCCUGGCGACGGGGAGCUCGGACGGCGCGCUGCGCCUCUGGCGCGUCGACCGGCGCGGCGCCUCGAGCUGCCCGACGCUCUGCCAGCCCCGCCACCACGCCGAGACGAUCACCUCGAUCUCCGCGGCCCCCGGCGUCGCGCCGCGGUCCUUCGUCAUGGCCACCGCCGCCGCCGACGGCGGCGUCGGCGUCUGGCGGUGCGACGUCGGGCCCGCGGCGGCCUCGCUCGAGGCCGAGCACCUGCAGCGCGUCGACACGGGCCAGGGCAUGCAGCUCGCGACCGCGCUGCUGCGCCGCCAGGACGGCACCCUCCUCCUGGCCUGCGGCGGCGUCGACGCGCGCCUCCGCCUCUUCGUCAGCGCGGGCGACGGCGCGCCGUUCGCGCCCGGGUGUGUGCUGCGGGAGGCGCAGGACUGGAUCCGCGGCGUGGCGGUCGCCGACCAGGGCCCCGCGCACGGCGUGCUCGUCGCCACGUGCUCCAACGACAAGAGCGUGCGCCUCUGGGCGCUGCGCCCGAGCGGCGCGGCCCCGCGCCGCGCCGACGGCGCCGUGGACAUCACGGCGCUGACGACGAAGCCGCAGGUGGUGCUGCGCGGCGAGCGGCACGUCGCGUCGCUCGACAGCGUGCUGCUGGGGCACGAGGACUGGGUUCACUCCGUGUCGUGGAUGCCACGGGCGGACGGGGCGCCGCUGACGCUGCUGUCGGCGUCGAUGGACCGCACGAUGAUCAUGUGGAGGCGCGAGGCGGGCGUGUGGAUGGCGGUCACCACGCUCGGCGACGCCGGUCCGGGGGGUCUGGGGUAUUACACGGGCAUCGCGUCGCCGGGGGGGGGGAGUGUGCUGGCGAACGGGUACACGGGCGCGCUGCACCGGUGGGAGCGCACGGCCGCGGGGGAGGGCGCGUGGGAGCCGAAGGUGUGCGCGCUCGGGCACUUCGCGCCCGUGGCGGCGCUGUCGUGGGGGCUGGGCCAGGGGGGGUCUCUGCUGACGGUCGGGCAGGACCAGACGGCGCGCGUGCUGGCGUCCGCGCCCGGGGGCCGGUGGUGCGAGGUCGCGCGGCCGCAGGUUCACGGCCACGACUUCACGUGCGCGGCGCCGGUGCCGCUCAAGGGCGACAGCGCCGGCGCAGCGCAGAUCUACGUCAGCGGCUCCGAGGAGAAGGUCAUCCGCGUGAUGGAGGCGCCCAGGGCCUUCACGCGCACGCUGGCCGCCGUGCGGCGCGGCGGGGCGCUGCCGUCCGACGCGGACGACGACGACGACGGCGGCGCCGCGGCCCGCGUGCCCCUCGGCGCGAGCAUCGCGGCGCUGGGGCUGUCGAACAAGGCGGUGUACGAGGACGACGCGACGGACGUGCAGGCGGGGCACUUCGGGGAGGGCGGGGGGCCCGGGUACGACGAGGGGCCGGACAUGGCGCCCAGCUCCAUGCCCGCGGCCAUCACGGGCCCCCCCCUCGAGGAGCACCUGUCGCAGAACACGCUGUGGCCCGAGACGCGGAAGCUGUACGGGCACGGGAACGACCUGUUCUGCCUGGCGGCGGACCCGCGGGGGCGCGUCGUCGCCAGCGCGUGCGUCGCCAAGACCGCCAGCGCAGCGGGGAUCCGCCUGUGGGACACGCGGACGUGGGCCCCGGCGGGCGAACUCAAGGGUCAUUCGCUGACGGUGACGCAGCUGUCGUUCUCGCGGUGCGGGCGGCUCCUGGUGUCGGCGUCGCGCGACCGCUCGAUCUGCCUGUACGCGCGGGCGUCCGCCCCGGGCGACGACGGCGCCGCGCCGAUGUUCGAGCUCCUGGCGAGCAUGCUCAAGGCGCACUCCCGCAUCUGCUGGGGCGUCACCGUGAACGACGCCUGCACGCGCGUCGCGUCGUGCUCGCGCGACGGCACCGUGUUCGGCUGGGCCGUGCCCCGGGACCGUGACGGGUCGUUCGUGGAGGGGGGCGCGGACAGGCUGGACAAGGCGUGGGCGCUGCCGGCGCUGCGGUGCGGGGCGCGGAGCAUCGAGUUCGCGCCCGGGGACGCGGAGGUCUUCGCGGUCGGGCUGGAGGACGGCGGGGUGGAGGUGUGGCAGGCGCGGGAGGCGGGCGAGGGGGUCGCGCCGCAGCAGCUGUGGGCGGCGCCCGAGGGCGAGCGGCACUGCCGGGCGGUGGUGCGGGUGUCGUGGCGCGCGGGGAACGUCCCCGGCGCGGGCGUCCUGCUGGCGACGGCGAGCGAGGACCACGCCGUCCGCAUCUUCCGGCUGCGACUGUAA